AUGGACAACGACGUCUUUGAGAUUCCUCCUCCCCCAACUCACCUCAUCGAAAAGAAGAAGAAGAAGAGGAAACAUGCCGUUUUGCAUGAUGUGAUUGUCAUUGACGACGAUCACUCAACUGAUGAAAAAGUUAGUAUAAGUAUCAAGGGGAAGACUCAUCAGGUCAUUUUCCAUGAUGUUAUUGACCUCGAGAAUGACGACAAUUCUGAAGGUUUAAUUGCUGAAAAAGUUAGUAAAAGUAACACGGGAAAGCAUCCUGAAAAUUGUACUGAAGAAAUCCCAAAACAACUGAAAAUUUUGAAGGAAUAUAUGCCGAACAUCUAUGAGCAGAAUUAUCCUCCUCUGCAUCCUAAAGAUUGUACUGAAGAAAUCCUCCAAAAACGGCGGAACACUCUGAAGAAAUAUAUGCCGAACAUCUAUGAGCAGAAUUAUCCUCCUCUGCAUCCUAAAUAUUGUACUGAAGAAAUCCUCCAAAAACGGCGGAACACUCUGAAGAAAUAUAUGCCGAACAUCUAUGAGCAGAAUUAUCCUCCUCUGCAUCCUAAAGAUUGUACUGAAGAAAUCCUCCAAAAACGGCGGAACACUCUGAAGAAAUAUAUGCCGAACAUCUAUGAGCAGAAUUAUCCUCCUCUGCAUCCUAAAUAUUGUACUGAAGAAAUCCUCCAAAAACGGCGGAACACUCUGAAGAAAUAUAUGCCGAACAUCUAUGAGCAGAAUGUUCCUCCUGUACUUCCUAAAGACUGGACUAAAGGAAUCCAAUAAGAAUGGAAGACUUUGAAGGAUUAUAUGAAGGAAAUCGUUGAGCAUAAUUUCCCUCCUCCACACUAUAAUAUCUUUCCUCUUCAGCGUAAUUUGGAGAAACAACAAUAUUAUUUGGUAAAAGGCUGCUAUGCCUUUGUUUUCUAUCCUAG